AUGGCUCUAUUCACGCGGAAUGUCGUGCUCGUGCUCUUCCUGGGCUUGAUGUUGUUUACCCUCCAAGCUCAUGCAUUUGGUGCUGGCAAUAUUGCCUCGAUCUCUGCUGUAGAGGGCAAGAACUGGCGUCAUGGCGAUAUUGAAGAUGUCUUGAAGACAGUAGCGUGUAUCCGCCAUCACAAAUGGAAUUCGAUGAUGAUCAAACGUGUUUACUUUGGGAACUGGCUUCGGGACUAUUCCCAGGCUAUGGAUACUGGGGCUUUGAAGAAGGCACAACCAGAAACCAUUCGCAUCUUGGUUUGGCUGCUGUCCUUCCUUGGAUUCGGUUAUGCUACGGCCGAGUUCGAGGUCACCUCAGAGCGCUUAGGCGUAUAUCGACCUGAAGAGCACAUCGACAAUCCCAAAGACUACAAUGACAAUGAAGACGCUCGAAAGUUCGAUGUCCGCCUCCGAGGCCCGGUUAGAGACAUUGAACUUCAAGUCGAUAUGGAGACCGGUAUGAAGAACUAUAUUGCCAACGGGAAAGGUGACUGGGCUACCAGCGCGGCUUUCGUCAAGUACAGCUUCGAACGCAGUAUCCACCACGGCCGUCUUUAUACAAAUGGCCACGGAUUUUUUAAAGGGAAAGACGAAGAUCUCGCUGAGGCUCUGAGAUGCCUUGGGCAAGGGUUGCACACACUGGAAGACUUCGGUGCUCACACAAACUACGUGGAACUUGCACUUCGGGAAAUGGGCUUCCACAAUGUGUUCCCUCAUGUUGGGGCGGCCACCGCCAUUAACCUGCGUGGAAAGCACGUUUUCCCUCUUGUCACAGGCACUUUCGGAAUGGUUGAUUUUUAUCACUCCGUCCUUGGGGAGGCUACUGACCAUUUCACCCAGAGCGAAGUCAAUGAAAUGGACAACGCUCUCGGCACUGCUCAACAAGCGGCGCAGUCGUCAAAUCCCUUGACGACAUUGGUCAAACUUCUCUCCAAGGUCCCCGGAACCAAAGGUCUCUGCGAUGAGGCCGAGCAGUUGCAGGCGAGCUCUCAAGCCCAAGCACGUGCUAAUCAACAAGGAGGGUACGGGAUGCAGGGCGGAUAUCGUGGAAUGGAUAAUUAUGGGGAGUCUUCAAGGGGCAUAGAUGGCUGGGAGAGUAGCCGGGCAUCUCAUCCAAGUUACCCCCCGCAGCCUCAAGCAUAUGAUGCGAACGCUUGGAGCCAACAGCCUCAACCCAAUUACCAACCCCAUUGGGAUCAUAAUCCACCUCAGUAUCAACAGCAACCGCAAUGGCAUGAUCAAUCGCAGAAUUUUACCAAUCCGCCGCCUCAACAUCAACCUCGGUGGCACGAUCAAGGAAUAGCCCAAAAUUAUAGUGCACAUGACCAAUAUUCCGACGCGAAUCAGAGUUGGCAGCAACCAUCGACGGAGCCAUGGCAACAGCAACAACCACAACAUCCAGAUCCUCAUAAUUCACAGCUCGAGCAAUCAGCUGCUCCACCACAAGUGCCAUCCCAAUCAUCACAGACUGGAAAACCUGCAUCAAGCGCUCUUGAAGGCCUCCCCAACUUUGAUCCGGCCAAGACGGUCGCUCAGAUCUAUCCGAUCCUUGCCUUCCGCGACAAAGUUGUUCGGACGAUCAGCGGUAUCAUUGAAAAGAUUCCUGGCCUCGAAGCACUUGUCGACCGCAUCACCGAGACUUUGACAGUCUUUAUUCUCUCACUCUUGGCGCCUUUUGUGCGACCCAUUCUUAACGCAAUCUCGAAGGCGCUUCAAACUGGAAGUGAGGGUGUUCUAACUUCGUCUGCGAGACACCAAUACGAGGUCUGGACGGACCCGCACUCCACCGAUCCCACGCACUCGAUGCUGAGUAAGGACCACUUUAGCAAUAUGCUGAACGAACCUGCCGGUAAUGUGGCGGCCGAGAUUCUCAAGUUCGUCGCUCCACGGGUUCUGUAUGCUUGGGAACACCCUGAUGUUCCCGUGCAACAGGUCAUGCACGACGUCGAGAGUAUAUUUCAUCAUCCCGCCAUCCGAAAUGAAGGGCUCGAGGUUCACCGGAAUAUGUUCACUUCGGUCAGAAGAUGGGUGGACGGCCUCCCUGACAAGGGGCACAGUCUCGAGACUUUGUUGAGUUCAGACGGGGUGCGGACAGGCAAAAAUCACAAAGCUGGCGUCAAUGAGCAUAUCCAACAUUCCACUCCCAGCGCAAGCGGAGGGCACCAGACAAAUGCUGGCCCACUAGGAGGACUUGCCAGUUUCCUUCCAGGCCAACAGCACCAUGGUGGAGGCGGAGGUCACCAGCCGUCGUCCAACGCUGGGGGAUUUGGUGGACUGGCCAACCUCAUUCCUGGAGGAGGACAUCAAAGUGGUGGCCACGGGAGCAAUCCACUUGGGAUGGUAGGUGACGUUCUCGGCAACUUCACAGGACAUAAACCAGCACAGCAACACGGUGGAGGUGGCGGCUUGGGUAAUAUGCUGAGCAUGGCCGAUAAGUUGCCUAUUCCCGGCGUACACGGUGUUACUGGCUCACUCAACAAAUACACGAAGUUGAUGGGCGGCUUCCCUGGAAGCGGCGCACGCGGCUUGGACGAACAGGAUCUUGGUUCAAGUGGCAGUGAACUAGGUGGAUCAAGGGAGUUGCACGAGGCUGCAUUGCUGGGAGACCGCUCGGCUUCCGGUCACAGAUCGCCCAGUCCCAUGCCCAUGCAGCCGCCGCCUGGAUAUGAGCAAUACGGUCGACAGGAGGUUGGUGAUUAUGGAUAUGGUCAAGAAAGGCAAGACUAUCAACAUCAAACAGCCUAUCAAGAUCCAUACCAGGCUCAGGGUCAGUACCCUGGUGGCGGCGAGAGCGCUGGCUAUUAUGGGGGACGUUGA